GGCUGACUGUCGUGGUGGGAGGCGUAGUAAAAUCCUUUCCUGAUUCAAGCUUCACUUCCUAAUUGAAGACCCUUUGCUUGUCAUCCGGACUCUUUCAUAGCCGAUAUCUUCUUAUACCAGAAUUGCGAAACCAUUUUCAAUCAAGGGUGAAUACUAGAUUCAUGGUUUUAGAUUCUAGUAGUGAAGAUUUGAGUUUGUGGCAGGCCUCGUUUCUUUUUCCAGGACGAAUUGUUACUAUUGGACAGCUUGUCGCUCAAACAAGCAACAAAUUCCAACCCACAACGAUAAUACAAAUGGCAUCUUUUGCUACAGAAGAGAGGAAGAAGCUGGGAGGCACAAAGACUGCCGUCCAUCUGUGGGAGUUCUUGCUCGAGUUGCUUGCAGAUGAAAGCUGUACAUCCAUGAUAACAUGGACCAAGAAAGAACAAGGAGAAUUCAAGCUACGAAAUCAAGAGGAAGUUGCAAAACGAUGGGGAGAUCUAAAACAAAGACCUGGUAUGAACUAUGACAAGCUGAGUAGAGCAUUGAGAUACUAUUACCAGAAGAACAUCAUCAAAAAGGUGAAUGGACAAAGAUUAGUUUACAAGUUUGUAGAAUUGCCCUAUAACUACAAGCCAACAAGAAGUGCGACAUUCCUCUCCACAACAGAAAAUGACGCAGUAAAGACCAAUGAAAACGAUGACAACAAAACCAUCAAAACAGAGCCUCUCGAGAAACCAAACAAACCUUCAGACUUCAAAGUCACUCAGGAACCAAUCAAAGGCAAGCUUUUAAAACACGUGGCUAACGAUCCGGUCAAUCGCGUAGUAAUAUCAAAGCCGACAUCGGUUAUAGUUCGGUGUGGCCGUGCGCGGGCACUCAAUCAGCAAGUGUCGGCAUGUGCAAAUCCUUAGGUGUCAACUAUCCUUGGGACUAUAGCUGAAAGUCUGUAAAGAGAACACUCUUUUAUUUGCCCUGUAAAUUUUUAGGUCUGUUCCCGAUAGCCCAUCUCUAUAAUAGAGAUGAUACUUACAAACCAUAUCCAUAAUUGGGGAUCUUCAGUUCCUUAUAUAUUCCCUGUUUAUAUUUGUGGAUCUUGGGAUGCCCCUAAUAGCCAUUGUCCAUUUUCAUGGAUGUUC